AUGCUCAGGCCUGCAGUUUACACAUGUCGCUGCCAUAGAAGAGCUUUUCAUGCGACACGGUCUGCAACAAGUCCAUUGGAUGUAGCGCAUGUGGCCUUGCAGACGGUGCACGCUGCGACAGGUGCAUCAUGGGCGGCGACCAUUCCGCUCGUCACCCUUGGCAUCUCCGUCUUGACGAUUCCCAUUGCAGUGCGCUCGAGACGCAAUCAGAUCAGGCUCGCAGCCUUGCGGCCUCUGGUUCAAGCCCAGCAGGCUACGCUCGCAAAACAGGCAAGGGCGACAGCGAUAGACACGAGAAGCUUCCAACGGGAGCUCAAGAGGUUGCAGCGCGACUUUCGCAGGACACUCCACAAGCGGCAUGGGGUUAAUCUACUUUCUAUUCUGGCACUGCCGGCACUCAAGAUUCCCCUUUGGCUCUGCUUUUCAUUCACAUUGCGGAGCAUGGCGGGCAUGGAUAUUCCAUUUCUUGAGGGUGUCGAGACUGAAGAGGGUUUCAAGGUAGAGGGACUGUUGUGGAUGCAGGAUCUGACACGGCCAGACAUGAUGCUCAGUCUGCCUGUGCUCUUCGGCCUUGCGAAUCUGCUCAAUGUCGAGCUCAACAGCGCAAAAGGCGCGUCUCUUCUUGGCAGAGUCCUGGGCAAUAUUGGGCGCUGCUUGGCUAUUGUAUUCAUUCCCAUCGCAGCGCAGAUGCCUGCGGCCCUGUGUCUUUACUGGACGACAAGCGCCGUCUUUACACUUGCACAGAAUCUGGUCUUGAACCAGAUAUGGCCCGUCGAUAGAUAG